GUCUCCUCUUUGGCGUUUGUCACCACUCCAUCUUCUCUCACUCUACCUCUUGCUUCUCAUCUCAAUUAGCCAUGGCAGGUUAUUCCGCCGGGGACAGCGUGUCCCCAGCGACGGAGACCACGCCACAGGCCAUCACACGACUCUGGAAGGAGAGCCGCCACCGAGCGAAAACGGACAAGAAGAGCUGGGACUAUGUGUUGACGAGUGGUGUAGCCAAGACGGCCAUUGCUCCGCUCGACCGUGUAAAGAUCUUGUUUCAAACGUCCAACUCGGACUUCCGUAAAUAUGCUGGAACUCCGUCAGGCCUGCUGCACGCGACUGCUCAGAUCUAUCAUACCACUGGCGUGCGAGGGCUUCUACAGGGCCAUUCUGCAACCCUCCUGCGCGUCUUCCCAUAUGCGGGCAUCAAAUUCAUGUUCUACGAUUGGAUCGAGAAGAUUCUCAUCCCCACGCCAGAAAUGGCAACGCCCGGCCGGUUCUUCCUUGCUGGUGUCGCAGCCGUUCUCCUAACCUACCCAAUGGAGCUUGUUCGCGUUCGCAUGGCAUACCAAACCUCUGCAUCUGAGAGAACAACGCUCAGACAAGCUGUCAAAAUGAUCUACAAGGAGGCCGAGGUCAAGCCAACAGGUCAGACCACUUCAGGCGUCUCGGCGUUUACCAGGUCUUUACCCUUCUAUCCCUUUUAUCGCGGCUUUUCGGUGACGCUGCUUGGGAUGAUCCCAUACGCUGGAGUUUCAUUCCUCACGUACGGCACAAUGAAGACUCGAAUCCCGGAGUUGGUACCCUACUUCCGAACGAGGCACACCCAGCGCGAUCUCUUUUGUGGAGCUGUCGCUGGCCUCAUCAGCCAAACGGCCAGCUAUCCAUUCGAGGUUGUUCGCCGGCGCAUGCAAGUGGGCGGAGCAAGAGGCGGACAGGGCGUUAGCUGGAGGCAAGCUGUUCAGGCCAUCUAUUCGGCCCAAGGAUGGCGCGGCUUUUACGUUGGCCUGACCAUCGGUUACAUCAAAGUAGUCCCCAUGACCAGCAUAUCCUUUGCCACCUGGCAACUAUUGAAGAGGUUGUUGGAUUUGUAGCCCUCGCUGGGCCUUUUAAGCGGUCGUAACGACACCGAUCCUUCUUCAGGGGCGCACACCUGUCAGGACGAAGGCCGCUUUGUAGCAACACCAUUCCCAUCAUUGUGUAGAUUGCAUAUGCCAUCACAUCAUCGUACUGC